AUGGGAGAUACUUUCAGAUCUCUCACGGCCGAAGUUGAGGGACUUCAGGUAUAUUAUGAAGGAGAGGAAAUUAGGAGGGUGACCAGAGCUGAGGCUGGAGCUUUUGCCCUACCUUCACAAAACCUUCAAGAGACAGGCCCAAUAACAGGCCUGGCUGAUUCAAAAAUUCAGAUGGAAAGCGGUGGUCUUGCUUUGAAAGAAGUAGUCUCUGCCACACUGAAUAGGACUAAAACAAUGAGAAGGUGGCAAAGGAGAAACAGAAUGGCUGAAAAAAUCAUCUUAAAAACACAUUCGGAAGCGAGACCUACACUAAGGCACUCGGCUAAGGAUGCAAGGGUCAUCCCAGACCCUGCAUACAAGGCCGAAGAGUCCGACAUGAGGGUCUCUGCUCCCAGGACAUCAAGGGUCCUAGUGGUGGGCGGGAGACUAAAGUUGUAA